ACCAUUUAAAAAACUUGUUCUAAUCCGCAUUUCCGUUUUUCUCCUCACCAGUUACCAGUUUCAUUCUUUUUUCAAGGGUGUGGCGGUUUUACAUCUAACGUUUUUCAACUUUCAAAUUUCAAAAAUCAAAAACCAAGAAAUCCUUCAUUUUCUCCCUCCUUGAUCUGCUCUUCAAGCUCAUCAAUGGGGGCAGCCAAUAGUCGCGAAGGUCUGGAGCUCUCUGAUUCCGACGAUUACGACGAGCGUCAAUCUGAAGGUGAAGAGGAUGAAGAUUACGACACCUCUGAAGAACAGCAAGAUGAAGAACAACGCAGCCAUGUCAGCCGUCAGACUACUCCUUCUUCUUCGGCUUUGGAUGAUGUGGAAUCUAGGUUGAAGGCUUUGAAGCUCAAAUACUCUACUCCUGUUACUGCUUCUGCUUCUGGUUCGCAAAAGAAAAAUGCUGUUAAGCUUUACCGUCAUGUUGGCGGUGGUACUACCGAUUCUAAAUGGAAGACUGCUGAGGGUGCGACGACGUAUUGUUUUGUGAAGUCUGGCGGUGGUGAAGAGGAUGGAGAGGGGGACGAGGACGAGGAAGAGGAGGAAGAGGGCGGGGGUAAGUUUUGGGAAUUGCGGGUGGGGUCGAAAAUUAGGGCUAGGGUUUCCACGGAUUUGCAAUUGAAGAUGUUUCCGGAACAAUUGCGGGUUGAUUUCGUUUGGAAUGGUGUGUGGGCUAUGAAAUUCUUUGAGAAGAACAAUUAUUAUGAUAUGUUUGUGUCUGAGUUCAAUGAUUGUUUGUUUGAGAAUGUUCAUGGGGUUGAACCUACUGAUCAGAACAAACUGAAAGUGUAUGGGAAGGAUUUCAUGGGGUGGCAUAAUCCUGAAGCUGCUGACGAUACAAUGUGGGAUGCGGUUGAUGAUGAAUUGAUUGGAAGCAAAACCCCUAGUUCGACUCCGUCUAGGAUUAAACAGGAUUUGCUUGAAGAAUUCGAGGAGGUUGCGAAUACCGGGAUUCAGAGCUUGGCAUUGGGUGCUCUUGAUAAUAGUUUCCUUGUUGGGAAUGAUGGGAUUCAGGUUGUUAAGAAUUUUAGGCAUGGGAUUCAUGGGAAGGGGGUUUGUGUUAAGUUCGAUAGAGGAACUGGGUCUAAGAAUGUGAAUUCUUCAAGUAAUUCGACACCGAAGAAGGCAAUUUUGAUGAGGGGAGAAACCAAUAUGAUGCUAAUGAGUCCAGUAUUGGAGAACAAACCCCACGCCGGUGGUCUCCAUCAGCUGGAUAUUGAGACUGGGAAGAUUGUCACUGAAUGGAAAUUCGAGAAGGAUGGUGCUGAUAUUUCCAUGAGGGAUAUUACUAAUGACAACAAAGGGGCUCAGCUGGAUCCAUCAGGGUCUACAUUCUUGGGUUUGGAUGAUAAUAGGCUGUGUCAAUGGGAUAUGCGUGAUCGCCGGGGUAUGGUGCAGGACAUCGCCUCUGCAAACUCUCCUGUGUUGCACUGGAAUCAGGGACAUCAGUUCUCAAGGGGUACCAAUUUUCAGUGCUUUGCUUCAACAGGGGAUGGUUCAAUUGUUGUUGGUUCGCUUGAUGGGAAGAUAAGACUGUAUUCCAAGACCUCUAUGAGACAAGCUAAGACCGCGUUCCCUGGUCUUGGUUCGCCGAUUACUCAUGUGGAUGUUACCUAUGAUGGAAAAUGGGUGUUGGGUACCACAGAUACAUAUUUGAUUCUCAUUUGCACUUUGUUUUCUGAUAAAGAUGGGAGGACUAAGACGGGAUUCAGUGGUCGUAUGGGUAAUAGAGUCUCGGCUCCUAGGCUGCUCAAGUUAACUCCUGUAGAUGCUCAUAUGGCUGGGGCAAACAACAAAUUCCAUGGCGCUCAGUUUUCAUGGGUCACUGAGGAAGGGAAACAAGAACGUCACAUAGUCGUGACAGCUGGAAAAUUCAGUGUCAUUUGGAACUUUGAGCAAGUGAAGAACAGUGCACACGAAUGCUAUCGGAAUCAACAAGGCUUGAAGAGCUGCUACUGCUAUAAGAUCGUACUGAAAGACGAGUCUAUAGUGGACAGUCGCUUCAUGCACGAGAAGUUUGCAGUUAGUGACUCUCCUGAAGCUCCUCUGGUGGUUGCAACCCCUAUGAAAGUGACUUCCUUCAGCAUGUCGAACAAGCAAUAGCAGUAUUUCACUGUUAUUUUGUCAGUCUCGAAAUUCAGUUAUCAGAUGAUUGUGAAGAGUACGCCUGCUGCAUCAAUAGAACCUCUUUUAAUGUUUUUUUGUUGUUUCUAGUGGUUCGUUUAUGUGUGUAAGUAGAGCUGCAGCACGUGUUCUCGAGUGCAUUACUUAAUUUUGGGCAUGAGAGACUUCUAUAGAUUGUCUUUCUUUAAGUAGAAACAUUUUAUUUUGAUUAGUGUUGAUUAGGAUGUGGAAGAUAACAUUCUGAAUGACUAAAUGCAAUAUCAUUUGGAAAGUUAAUCCUAGGGGAUUGAAUGAUGUUACCCAAACUCGGGGUUAAAUAGUUGUUUGUACAGUUUGGUUUCAUCCUAGUGGAUUUACUUCUGAUCGUAUAUUGAACUGUGGUUCAGUAUAUAUUGUUAAAAGUAAUUUCAUAAACUGAUGAAUGGAAUUGAACAUGCCCUUUCUUUUUUA